AAAACUCAACAUGAAUACACAAGAGUGAGAGAGAGGCAACUCACAAAACUAAAGUGAGAUCAAUGCCAAGAAACCCUUUCUUUCCCAAUAUUUGUCCUUUUCUUUCUACACCCCCUUCAUUUUCUUCUAAGGGUUGGUAGUAAUGUCACUCAAAUCAGAAAGAUAUAAAAAAAUUUAAGUUUUUAUAUUUAUUUUUCUUUGGUAAAGCAUGUUAACAGCUAUAGAUAUAUACAAUGAAGAACUCAUGAAAGCACUUGAGCCUUUUAUGAAAACUGGCUCUUCUUCUUCAUUAGUCUCUCAACAAUCGCACAAUUUGAAUCCCAAUUUCGAAACACAAAGAAGCUCUAUAGGUCUCAACCAACUCACUCCAUCACAAAUCCUUCAAAUACAAACACAAUUCCAAAUCUCGCAACAACAACAAAAAAGCUCUCUCGCACAAAAGCCCGUUCCCAUGAAGCACUUUGGAACUCCCUCAAAACCCAUGAAACUCUACCGUGGAGUUAGACAGCGUCAUUGGGGAAAAUGGGUCGCUGAAAUAAGACUCCCGAAGAAUCGUACUCGUCUCUGGUUAGGCACAUUCGAUACUGCAGAGGAAGCAGCUUUUGCUUAUGAUAACGCAGCUUAUAAGCUUAGAGGCGAAUUCGCACGCCUCAAUUUUCCACACAUGCGUCACUAUGGAAAUUAUAAUCCUCUCACUUCCUCGGUUGAUUCCAAACUUCAAGCUAUUUGUGAAUCCUUGGCGGUUUCUCAAAAACAGGGGAACACUGAAAAGGACUGUAUCUCUGUUGAAGAUGUAAAGCCUGUCGUUUUUGUUCCUGCACAGUCCAAGGCUGAAUUGGUUUUACACGAGUUUGAGGAUUUUAAGGUGGAGAAUGAGAACAUGUUAUUGUUGUCUAUGUCUGAUGAAUGUUCACCUGGUUUGUCUUCUCCAGAAUCCGGUGUAACUUUCUUGGACUUUUCAGAUUCCUGUCAGUGGGAUGAAGUGGAGAAUUUUGGGUUGAAGAAGUACCCUUCUGUUGAAAUUGAUUGGGAGGCAUUAUGAGUCUGAGAAGUGAUUUAGCAAAUAUAUGUUUUUGGGUUUAAUAUGUUUCUGUAUUUUGAAAUAUAAGGAUAUGUUCCGGUGUCUUCGACAGCGUCUGCAAUGAAGUUUUUGACAUUUGCAGGUGUUUUUGUUGGGAUAGUUUGGAAAUUUUAGGGUUCUAAAUUAGAGUCAUCUUAAUGGUUUACUAUUAUGGUCUAAUGAUGGUGUUCUUGGUCUGCUGGAGUUUUUUUUUUCCCUUGCAUGAUCAUAGGAGCUUCAACUUGUGUCUCGGUUACUUUCUUGUUCUCCUAAUUUUUAAGCGUUUUCUAAACUACUGUCUCUGUCUAAAUAAAUAUUAGAUUUAAAUAUUAUAUUUUUAUCUCUG